UAAAAGAAUAAACAUCUCGUCCCUAAUGAUAUAUUUUUAAAGGAAAUAAGUGACAAUGUAAAAAGAAACAAAAAAUGUAUUUAUUAACACCUCCUCGUUCACAUAAUAAAACCCUAUCAUUUCUAUUUUAAAGCUUAGAAAGGGCAUGGGCUCUCUAAAUUCCUCUCUCAAAGUCGGCAGUCUCAUUUGGUUCUGUCUAAAGUUGCUGAAAAUUCGCAAAUCGGAUGACAAGAUAUGUCUAUUUGAAAAGGUAGGUAUUGGUGCUCGAUUAGAAAAUAUUCAUACAUACAAGACAAUAGGGUCACUGGUCAUCGGCUUAUGUCGUUUCUUGAGGGUGACAUCCAGACGACUGUUAAGGUAUAUAUUACUUUUGCAAUGUACUAUUUGCAACCUCUUGAAGAAGGGAAUGGUAGGAAUUAAUCAUAUUAAGACUGGCAUGCUAAUUUUGUCUUGGAGCAGUCUUGUUGUACUUUGGAGAAACAAGAGUUACUGCAUUAACUUGCUUAAUCUGCCAGUGCACCUGCUUAAAAAUUUGAGACCUUUGUUUUCGCAAGAAGUUCUACUUUCUUCGUGGAACACUUAUCGCACAAUUUUUGGUAAGUCCUUGGAUCAACAUUGUUUAAAUGGACCAUUAGGAUAUCAUUCUUGUUAGAAUUGUUGUCAAUCUAGGAUUAGUACGAAGGAAUAUGGAAAUCUAGUGCACCAGGAGCUCUCUCGGAUUAAAUUUUGGAACUUAGCUUCAAAAUGUUACAGAACACUUCAACAAGAAUUUUAUCAUUGAAAAUCAAUGUAUUCUUCUACAUAUUUCCUUGUUCAGUCUCCGCCAUUGCAGGUGUUCAUUAAAUUGCUGGUUUCAACAACACAUUGCUGACCUUGCAAUGAAGAUAAGUGUAUACACUGCGCCUUCAUGAUCUGGUUGGACUUUUGCAAUUGCUACACUUACAGUAGGCAUUUAUGGGUUUCACUUCACAACUAGAAGGUUGGAAUCUGCAUGACGUUCAUCUCUCCUCUAUGGCUUUACAAAAACUAGACCUGGAGUUGCUCAAAAUAGAUGUUGGACCUGACACUUUUUAGAUAAGGGAACUGCUAGUUCUGGAACUCAAAAAAGCAUAGGAAGCUUGAUAGGCAAUAGGACUUUUACAUUUAUAUAUUUGCUAGUAGGAUAUUUGUUUGUUUUUUAUGAAGUUUUUGUGUAAACAAUGACGUGUUUCAUAAGAUGUAGUGUGUAUUUAUAUUCAUAUAUGUAUAA